AAAAAUGUACUAAAUAUUUAUUUGUUUUUUACUUCAUCCAUAAACCGAUAGUCCAUAUUUUGAAGCAGGUUUUACCGGAAAAUUGUCUGCCGGUAAAAACAACUUUCACGGACCUGAAAAAAAAUUUAAAUUUGCAACGAAUAUUUUGUCUGGAAGGCUGCAAAAAAUCUUGUCUCGAGCUCCAGUAUUCAGUAGUUUUGAAUCCCCGAUAUAUUUUUGAUCUAUUUUAAAUUGGAGAAGCAGCUCAUUUUAAAAAAAUAUUCUGCGUUUGGAGGGCUUCGUAAUAUUUUUCCUGCAACUCUGCCCAUUUUGUCUCAUCGGCAUCGUUGACGAAUCUGAGAUUUUCAAGAAAAUCUCUCGUAUCCCACAAAAAAUACGCAUUGGAGAAGUGCUUACGCAGGAAAAAAAAAAUUUAGGAGUGCAUUAUCUAUUGGAGCUGAAGAUUCGAGGGUGGAAUGAAUCGUAUUGUAGUCCUGGGCCAUUAUAUUUUUUUGAAGCUACCCAACAAAAUAUGCCAAGGAUUCUGAGAAGCAUAUUUUGAUAGGGAGUAUACUCUUGUCAGCAUUUAAGGCUUCCGCUACAUAGCAUCAUGGAAGAGGACAAACAAGAAGUUCAAAGUUUAAGAGUUUCAAGGCUAAGGCAAUCAUAUACAUUUGCAACACAUUCACUCUUGAAAGCCUGUUCCAAGGAGGAAUUCCUGAAGAUUGUCUCAUCAUUCAAACAAUCUUACCAAGAAACGCUUUACCAGCUUUAUUUGAAGAUAAUUGCUUCCAUGCAUGAGAAUAUACAGGAUGAAUUUGAAUCUAUCUGCCAAGAGACUCAGGUAAUGGCUGCACUAGGAACUAUUGAGCAGCUGAUUGAAAACAAAAAGUUUGAUGUUCUACAUGAAGAUAAUACUUCGGUUAAUGAUGUGAAACAAGAGAUUGCCAAGAGAAAACUCUGUGAGAUACAUUACUUGAAAAAUAUGUUAGAGAAGGUGCAGGAACAAAAUGAAAAGGACGAAAAAUAUUUAGAAGUAUUGCGGAAGUCAGUAGAUGAUCUACCCAAUGCUAAUAGUGCUGUUUCCAAGUUGAAAGAAUGCAAUGGAACUCUUCAACAAGCAUCCCAGAGCAUGAAAUCGCUAUAGUGUAGUGCAUUCUCAUUAUGACUUGCAUGUUGAGGGUCUUCUUUGCAGUCUGAAACUUAAGAAUUGUUUUGGCUGACUAAUUGGUAUUAUGGUGGAGGGUGUUUUUGUUUUUACACCGUGUUUCCUUUUUUGCUACUGGAUCUUUUCGGAGGAAACGGGAUCCCUAAAAGAAGCAUGGAGGAAUUAAUAUAUUAUUUUAGUAUUUAAUCUGUUGUUUAUGUAGAGACAAUGGGCAAGGUCUGGAGAUUUAUGAAACUAAAUAUGUAAAAGAUGUUUAUAAAAGGCUCGAUGCAAUAAUAUCACUUGAACUAGAAUAGAACUGUAAUUGAUUUGUAAAUAUGUAUUAUAAGUAGGAGAUCUGAUUUAUUUUCCUAACUAAAAAACAAAAAUUAUGUAACAUAGUUUAUUGGAUCCUUGGGAGUGAAUUAUAGUACCCCAUCUUAAUUUUAUGAACUAAAAAGUAAAAAUAUGGACUGUACACCAUUGAAUCAAUGUCAAUAAAUUGCAAUGCCCAAUGAAGUCAUAAUGGGAACUAAUGUUACAGUCAGAAAAAGUAAAUCAAAAGCAGGGGAAGUAUAACAACUAUUGGAAUGGUUUUGACACCAUUGCUUCUAAGUUUAGAGAGUUUUUGCUUAUGUGUAAUAAGCAUAUAUUCAUGUUAGUGGGGUAGUUUCAGUUCCAACACUUAGAAAUUGAUUUGCACCAAACCUUUGAAUGACA